UGCCGGAGCCUCCCGCCGCCCCCGGGCGGGGCCGGUUCUGGGGCCGGGGCCGGUUCUGGGGCUGGAUCCGGUUCUGGGGCUGGAUCUGGUUCUGGGGCUGGAUCCGGGUCUGGGGCCGGGGCCGGGGCCGGGGCCGCUGCCCCCGCCAUGUCCAAGCUGCUGCCGGCGCAGGAGGCGGCGCGGAUCUACCACACCAACUAUGUGCGGAACGCGCGGGCCAUGGGGGUGCUCUGGGCCCUCUUCACGCUCUGCUUCUCCAUCCUGAUGGUGGUGACCUUCAUCCAGCCCUACUGGAUCGGCGACAGCAUCGACACGCCGCAGGCCGGCUACUUCGGCCUCUUCUCCUACUGCAUCGGCAACGCGCUCACCGGAGAGCUCAUCUGCAAGGGCAGCCCGCUGGACUUCGGCACCAUCCCCUCCAGUGCCUUCAAAACUGCCAUGUUCUUCGUAGGCGUCUCCACCUUCCUCAUCAUCGGCACCAUCCUCUGCUUCAGCCUCUUCUUCUUCUGCAACGCAGCCACCGUGUACAAAGUGUGCGCCUGGAUGCAGCUGGCGGCGGCUACAGGGCUGAUGAUUGGCUGCCUGAUCUACCCUGAUGGCUGGGACUCGAGCGAGGUGAGGCGGAUGUGCGGGGACAAAACGGACAAGUACACGCUGGGAGCCUGCAAGCUGCGCUGGGCGUACAUCCUGUGCAUCAUCGGCAUCCUGGACGCCCUCAUCCUCUCCUUCCUGGCCUUUGUGCUGGGCAACCGGCAGGACAACCUCCUCCCCUCGGAUUUCAAAGUGGAGAACAAAGAAGAGGGCAAUGAGUGACAGAGCUGAUCACCACGGACAUCCAGAGCUCUUCUUCCAUCAUCCCUUUUCUUUGAAGUGACUCUUCUAGGAAGCUUAAACUUACCACAUUCUGUGGAUUUUCUACAGCUGUUUUCUUCACCCAUGGGGCUGCUCAUGGCUCACAGCUCUUGUGGAGCUUAUUUGGUGGGAAGAGCCCAAAAUGGACAUAAGAGUUUUUCUGAGUCCAUCAGCAAGAAGGACAGGAGGGGAAGGAUGAGAAUUUGCUGCUUUUUGGGGGGUUUGUAUACUUUCUUUCAAGGAAAUUAUUUAUGAAUUUAAAAAAAAAAAAACAAAACAAACACCACCACCAAACAUUAGUGUUUUGGGUUUUGUGGUUGUCUCCUGAGGGCAGAGGAAACUCUCUGCCAUAACCCAGGUUGCAUUUUACUGGAAAAAUACCAUGAUAGGCCAAUUCCCAACUGAGCCAUGAAUCAUUUUCCUGCUCUGGGCAACAAUAACCAAACACAACCUCUGGAAAAGAGCACUUUUCUGGGAAAAUAAGUAAAUAAAUAAAACCAACAGCAAAACCAGGAACCAACGUGCUGGGCUGCAGCAGGCCUGGGACAGCACCUGCAGAGCAGAGCAGAUGGUGCCAGGCAGCAUCAACCCCUCUCCAUCACCCAAUUAAUCUGAUUUAGCCAUCAUCUCCCAUCCCACCCAACACCCACCCACAGUACAGCACUCUUCUGCAGAAGACAAAGCAGCUCUGACCUGGUCAGAACCCCAAAUCAGCCUGCAUUAUUAUUUUCAUCUCUACUCACUGUAAAUUGCUGGUUCCUGCAGCACUAAAUUCAGUUCAAUUCUAAAAAGUACCUUCUAGUUUUAUGCUUCCCUCUCAAAAAGUGUUUGGGAAGGUUUUAUUGAGACUCUUGGCUAGGUAAGACAGAGAUAUGACAGACUUGAAGAAAAAUGUGUUUUAGAAUGGAAAAAUUCCAGCAGAGUUGUCCUGUUUUUCACUCUUCUCCCCUUUUUAAAAUGGAUCACAACACCAGCAACAAAAUCUUUACCUACCUCAUUCUGGAAAUCAAAGCUGAGUGUUCACUAAUGAAACAAAUUCCAUGCCUGAGCCCCUCACUCAGAACAGAAUAAAAAGGGGAAUGUAUGAAGACUAGGGCUAAGUUAUUAAAUAAUCUGUUUAUUGCAGGGCUUUCACAAUGGAAAAAAAAAAAAAAAAAAAAAAAGAGACAAAGCACCCAAGUAGAAAGAAUAAAAAUGUAUUUUCCUUCAGGUUUUAGACUGACACAGCAAGUACAAAUCCUUAGAGUGAGCACUUCUUGGCAAUUUGGGAAUGGAACAAACCCCAAGUGAACAAGCAGACAAUACAAGACUGAAUCAUGGCAGCUGCUGCUGCAGAUCUUCAACUCCCAGGCUGGCUCCAGCCUUGGCUAUCAUGGUAAAAAAACCCCUCAAGUCAGUCAGGGCUGGCAGAAGGAAGGGAAGGAAAGGAAGGAUAGGCAGGAGCUCUCAACAAACAAACAGUGCAGACCCCUUCUGGGAAAUGUUCCUUCAUCAGCCAGGCUCAAGGGCAGGACCAGGUGAGCUUUCAAGACCACAGGAAUUGUUUGCCCUGCCAAUAUAUUUCACAGUCAGCUGGAACCCAGUACUGUCUGCAGUCCCCCUGUAACAGAUACAGAAGUGACCCACAACUGGAAAAUGCCAGAUGAAAGGAAAAAACAGAAACAAAA